AUGGGUAACAUAGCUCAUGCUGUAGAGCAAGAAACUGUCCUUGUAAAGUGUAGCCGUCCUGGUCAUGCAUCAAUAAACAAAACUUUUCAGUUUGAGAGAGUUUACAACGCUUCGGAGUCUCAAGACACAGUAUUUGCAGAUGUGGCCCCUUUGCUAACAUCUCUCCUGGAUGGGUACAAUGUGUGUAUCAUGGCUUAUGGGCAGACUGGAAGUGGGAAGACAUACACAAUGUUGGGACCACAGUUAGAGGGGAACUUUGCCUUCUCCAUAGAAGAUGAAUCAGAACUUGGAAUUAUUCCUCGAGCUGCCCAAGAAGUGUUCAGGCUUAUUUCAGAGAAGCCACCAGGAAGUUGCUGGGUUGAGGUUUCUGUUGUAGAAGUGUAUAAUAAUGAAAUUUUUGAUCUUCUGGCCAAAGACAGUUGUGGAAAAGUAUUUGGCAUCAAACGUGACGUUGUCACAACCAGUAAGAGUGAUGUCCCAUUGCUUGUGUAUGAGACUGUUGAAAACACAUCUGAAUUUUUGUAUCUAGUCAACAAAGGCCUGCAGCUGAGGGUCAGGCACCCAACACUGGUGCACGCUCAUUCCUCUCGUUCUCAUCUGGUAGUUACUUUGACCAUAACCGCAAUCAUCUCUGGAGAUAACUUUGGUACUUCGUGGGAAGAUGAACAAAUCAGUCAGAGACUAAAUAAAGAGGUUUCCUGCACCUUUCCACAAAAAAUGAGAGACAGUAAAUCCACAUCUUCUUCCAGAGCCUCUUCACCAUCACAACUUGAAGUAACUGAGAAGCUGAAGCAAGUCAAAACUAGGUUGCAGCUGGUGGAUCUGGCUGGCAGCGAGUGUGUUGGUAUGUCUGGAGUGACGGGCACAGCACUGAGGGAGACAUCGUUUAUCAACCGCAGCCUGUCUGCCCUAGCAGACGUUCUUGGAGCAAUAGCAGAGCAGCGAUCUCACGUACCAUAUCGAAACAGCAAACUUACACAUCUGCUUCAGGACUCCAUAGGAGGUGAUGCUAAACUGCUAGUGAUGCUGUGCAUCUCUCCCGGCCAGAAGUAUUUAACAGAAUCAAUGCAGUCUCUGGGAUUUGGAACUCGUGCUCGGCAAGUUCAGAGAGGACAAGUCAAGAAAAAAAAUUUCCCAGUGCAGAGUAAAGCAAAUAAAACCUAA